AUGGCCAGACUCGAUGACAUUGCUAAGCUCAAGACGAUCCUAAGCAAACUCUCCAACGACGUCUCUCGGGAUGAAGAGCACCGCAAAAAUAUUCUAGGAGUUCUUCGACAGUAUGUAGCUGUUUUUGAGUCUCCACUGGAGCCCCACCAGAGUGCUUCUCUCAGAGCAGCUAUGGCGAUGGGUUUGAUUGAGCUCAUCGUCUCGGGAACCAAGACAGCCAGUGAGUUGGCAAGCUUGACCAGAUGCGACAAACAAUUGAUCGUUCGAAUACUUCGACCUCUAUCGACGAUGAAGAUAGUUGAUGAAACCGGAUAUGAGAAGUACGCCGCGACACCCAUCACCAAGAUCCUCACCGUGCCUUCGGUAGGAGGCGGAUUUAAAUUCAUGUUCGACCAAGCAGCAACUUCGGUUGUCCACAUGCCUCAAUACCUCGCCAAAACAUCAUUCAAAAAUCCUGAGGGACCGAGUGGAAAUUUCCAGAGCGCUUUCAACACUGAUUUGCAGAUGUUUCCUUGGCUUAUGGAACAUCCAGAGCAGAUGUCUAAUUUCAACGACUUGAUGAUGGGGCAAAGGAUGAAUCGUAUUGAGUGGUUCAACUUCGCCGAUGUUGACAGUAUUUUGUUCGAUGGGUAUAACGCUAGCCAUGUGGAUGGCACUUUGCUCAUCGAUGUCGGCGGCGGUCGUGGUCAUGACCUUGAAGCUUUCCGAAAACAGUUCCCUGAAGCGAAAGGAUCCUUAGUACUACAAGAUCUGCCGCCUGUGAUUGAUGAUAUUAAAGAGUUGCAUGAAGAUAUCGUGAGAAUGAAGCAUGAUUUCUUCACACCGCAGUCGGUAGAAGGCGCAAGAGCUUACUAUCUCCGUUCAAUUCUGCACGACUACUCUGAUGAUGUCUGCCGCAAGAUCUUGACUCAAAUUGUGGCAGCGAUGAAGCCUGGAUACUCCAAGCUGUUGAUCUUUGAGUGGAUUUUGCCAGAUGUUGGUACACCUUUGUACCCCGCACUGCUGGACAUCAAUAUGUUGGCUCUCCUUUCGGGUAUGGAGAGAACCCAGACUCAAUGGAAAGAGUUGUUGAAUUGUGUAGGGCUGGAUAUCGUGAAGUUCUGGACGAUCGAUUCCGAAACGGAGGGUUUGAUCGAGGCAGUGAAACGAGUAUGA